UUCAUCCAACUUUUUUUAGUCUGCAUGUUUAAAAACCUUCUUCUUUCUCCACUUUUUACUCAAUAAAUGUAAAAAUCCCUCUUUUUCUUCAAUUUUCCAAAAACCAGAAUUUCUUUGUUAAUUGUCUUUCCCAUCUCCCAUUCCUCUUUUGGUCUUUCUCAUUCAUCUUUUUCUUCUAAUUUGUUUCUUAACAUUCUUCUUUCUUUUCUUUUUAGUACUUUCAACCAAAUUUAUAUUGUUAAGAGUUUUAUAUAUAUAUAUAUAUAUUUUUUUUUUUUUUUUUGUGUGUGUGUGAUGGAAGGAAUGGAUCCAACAGAGCUUCGUCGAAUGUUUCAAAUGUUCGACAAGAAUGGAGAUGGAAAGAUCACCAACAAAGAGCUUAGUGAAUCGCUAGACAAUUUGGGUAUCUUUAUCCCUGAAAAAGAACUUACUCAAAUGAUUGAAAAGAUCGACGUCAAUGGUGAUGGUUAUGUGGACAUUGACGAAUUCGGAGCAUUGUAUCAAACUAUAAUGCAUGAAAGAGACGAAGAAGAGGACAUGAAGGAAGCCUUUAACGUUUUUGAUCAAAACGGAGAUGGAUUCAUCACGGUGGAGGAGUUGAGGUCGGUUUUGUCAUCCUUGGGGCUGAAGCAAGGAAGAACCAUAGAGGAUUGCAAGAGGAUGAUAAAGAAAGUGGAUGCGGAUGGUGAUGGUAUGGUGAACUUUAAAGAGUUCAAGCAGAUGAUGAAAGGUGGUGGCUUUGCUGCUUUGAGUUCAAGUUAAUAGAGAUUUAAAAGAAAAACAAAAACACCAAAGAUGUUCGAAAAGAUGAGGAAGCCUAGCUUGGGUUCUCAUGCAUCAUCUUAUUGUAAAAAAAUUGCAAUGUUCUCUCCCUAUCAUUAUUAGUUUGAUUUUAUGAUUUCUAAAUUAUUAUUUAAUUUAUUGAAUGCUCCAUUUGAGUGAUUGGUAA